UAUAAUUUUAGAGACCGUGGGGAAGGGCGAAAUCGGAUCAUAUAUUGCUGAUAGUAAUAUCUGGAAUUUUAAAAACCUUAAUCCCUCCUUUCCUUCCCCAGUGAAAACCACCGUCUCCUUCCUCUCCUGCCAAGAAGCCAAGAUUCCACUCCAAGAACUCGCGGCGACCAUGGCGGUCCCAUUUCUCCACCUACUCCUGCUCCUGCUCCUGCUUCUCUUCCUUGUGCCCCUCUUCCUCGCCGAAACCACAUCCUCCCCCUACCUCUCACCAUCCACAUUCCUCCCAGGCUACCAGAAGAUGCUCAAAUCCUUCAAGAUCUUUGCCUACCCCACCCCCCCGAAGGACCCCGCCGCCCUCGUCGAAGCCUCCUCCUCCGCCGCCCUCUUCGAUGCCUCCCUCCUCCGGAGCCCCUUCCUCACCUCCGACCCCCACCGCGCCCACCUCUUCUACCUCUCCUUCCCAUCGGAGGAACCCCGCUCCAUCGCAAGAUUCCUCCGGGCCAUCCGCUCCCAGUACCCCUUCUGGAACCGCACCCUCGGCGCGGACCACUUCUUCCGCUCCAUCGACGGCCUCGGCAUCGAAUCGGACCGCAACCUGGUCGAGCUCAAGAAGAACUCCAUCCAGAUUUCGCCCUUCCCCACGGCCCCAGGCCGCUUUGUCCCUCACAAGGACCUCACCCUCCCUUCCCUUAUGUUCCAGCUCGCCGACCUCCCGAUUCCCAGCGCCAAACCCUCCAAAUUCUUCGCUUUCUACGAUGGUGCCCCCCGGAGCCCGGUGAUCUCCCCGAUUCUUGACGAGUUGCGCAGGAUCCCGGAUUUCCUGAUCAACUCUUGGCCGUCGAAUCCCGUGAGCCGCCUGGGGACGAUGUCCGUCAGUAGGUUCUGCUUGUUCUACUACGACCGUGAUCGCCCGCGUCGCGAUCUCGCGAUCGGGGACGCGCUGGCAAUGGGAUGCGUGCCGGUGGUGAUCUCCGGCUGUCCGAUCCUCGACCUGCCGUUCUCCGACGUGCUGCGGUGGACCGAUAUCGCCCUCUUCGUGGGGUUGCACGGUGGCGCUGGCGAGGUGAGGCGGGCGAUGAAUCGCACGUGCGGGGAGACGUACGAACGGAUGAGGGUGGCCGGCGGCAAGGCUAGCAUCCAUUUCAAGCUGAGCACGGGGCCACGUCCGUUCGAUCUCUUCCACACGGUGAUAUACCAGCUCUGGCUGCGGCGGCACACCAUCAGAUACCGGCGCUACAACGAACUGUAGUAGUAGGUUGAUAUAAUAUCUAUCAGAGAACGUUGGAUCGCCGGAGCGUGACAGUUCGCCAACGUCAUAUUAUGCGUCGUUGAAUUGCCUUUGCUGUUCUUCUAUUUAUAGUCAGCUUCCCUGAUUUUUUCUUCAUAUCAGUGUCGUUUUGUUUGGAUUGGUAGAUGUUAGAGUUGGAUGGCCUGAUCCCUCAGCUGAAGGUUAUCCAUGGCACUGGGACUAAUGAAAAGGGUUCAACAUUUGCGGAAUCUGUUAUGAGCUGUUGCAGAUUUCGGACUGGGCUCUUUACAUCCCCUCAAUUAAUGUCCUGGAGCAUUGGAUGGAAAUUUUGGAAGAGAAGUCUUUGGAAUACUUUUGAUGGUGUUGGAACAAGCUGCUGGACAGAACUAGUGAUGAUGUACCAUGCCAACCUAUUUCCGGUUCCUUGCUUUGCUUGCAUUCAAAAUAUGUUCAGCGGAGCAGGGGCUGCGUGAGGCGCAUGUAUUGAUGCAUGACCAACAAUGUAUUUGCCAUUUUCAGGUGAGUUCAUGCAAGAUUGAGGUGGCCACGAAGUAGUGUUAUGAUAGGGAUGCAUUUCUAUUGGAGUUUAGGGGAAGAUGGGAAGUGGCCGUGGGACUGGACCUGAAUCACAUUGUUGGUUGUGUGAUUCAUUGUGCUUUGAGUCUUCCAUGUUUUAUGCUUCCCUUUUCAACUGUGGAACUCCUUUUUAAAAUUCUUUAUGCCAUUUUUCAGUGAUAUCUAAAGAAUGAGCAACAACCUGGCUCUUGAAGUACAAGCAGGCUAGUAACUAAGUGGAUUUCAUCGAGCAAUAGUGCACAGAUAUCGAAGACUGGAAGGUCUUGAUUCUUAAAUUGAUUUUGUUAUCUUGUUUCCCCAACCAGCGUCUGACCAGACUUAUACUGAUUUUAUUUGACCUCAACGACACUCAGAUUUGGGAACUAGUAAUGUGUAUGUGUGUGUUUGAGAGAGAGAGAGAGAGAGCAAACAAGGCUUUUGUGCAGUUUCCAAGUUAUUGUUAAAUAGUAUUUGUGCUCUUAUUGGAGAUUGCAUAUCUUGGAAAUUUCAUUUGUGUCCUUUUCAGUUUCCACUGCUGCUGCCUAAUAUAAUUUUGCGUGGCAUAUCUAUUCACUCAUAUGAAGUGUUAUGAUGCAAUGAUAAAGGUGUAUUACUUAUGAUUGUGACACUGCCCAUGCUCUCAGUGGAGCGUCUAACAUUUGACGAGUUCUUUAACCACCAAUUUCUUUUGGAGAACCCUUUAGAUGAAAGAUUGAGACAGACAUCAGACAAUGUGAGAGAUGGCCCUCCAAUGGUUGAAUGCAAUCCAACUAGGCCACCAGGAGAAAGUUCUCAUGAAAACUGCUUGCCUUUCCCUUUAGAUGUUGAAUACAGUGGGCAAGAUGGAAUUCCAUCUAUGCCGAUGAAAACGAGCUCAAUGAGAGCCACUUAUGGAUUCUGUUAAUAUCAGAUUAGACAAAUCUAGCUUGUCGUCCGUCCAAAAAUAUGAACUUUGUUUCUGGAUAUAGUUCCAUGCAAAACUAGAAGCUGCUGCUUAUAGCCAGGCAUGGUUCCCACAGAUCUCUGGGUGUCAAUGCCAAAGAUACCAAGUUAGCUCCGGAACAAAGGCCUACCAAUGUUUCUCUGAAAGAUUCUCUGGAGUUUGUCGACCAUGAUUACGUCUUUGUGCCUGGACCACCCCUGGAGAUGUCAUCUUGUUCAGCAAGUGCCUCCCUGUCACGUAAGUCACCAUGCGAAUCAAAAAGCUCACCGAUUGCAUAUCCAAAAUUUAGUGCAUUAAGUGCAUCAGUGCCAAUAAUAGGUGCAGCAAUCAAAUGAACUCAUGCCAUUUGGGAGCCUGGAAAGUCAUAGCUCUCCAGCAUCUGAGACUUCACACAAUGAUCAAUGGAGUUGAGGGAUUCUAUGAAGCAGCCAUCAGCCCACUGCAUGACAAGGAUUAGAUUAUUGCAGCGGUGUGCAUCUGUAACAGAAUUGGUGAAAGACGUGGUAGAACUGCCGACAGAAAGUUGUUUUGAAUUCAUAUAGUAUCUCAGACAAUUUUCUUUUGGACUCUUCAAAAACAACAAUUUGCUACAGUUUGUCUUCGGACAGAGUUCACCUGAACCAAUUUUCUUCGUUUUAACAAAGUAUGGAGCAAUACUAGUUUUAGUCUUUAAAGUUUCUUAUCCAUGUAUUGGGAUUUCAGUGGGUUUUAUUCAUUAAUUCAAUUUCUAUGUUGGUACAUCCAUACCAUUUCUUUGGUGUUACUUGCCUCCAUCUGACUUUCACCAAUGCUUGCUUGGUGAAUCACGUAAUCAAUACCAAAAUAGUGCGCUGUCUUUAUUUAUUUA